AGCUGAAGUUGUGUAUCUUAAUUCUACCCAUGUCCUGCUGUGUAGACAUGCCCUUUGUUUCUCUCUGCUGAAGAGUAAAUGCUUAGUAGUUCCUCCUCCUCCCCUCACCUGACUUCAGUGUAGGUGUGUGUUUUGAGAGUGGCACUUACAGAUGUGAUUUCUUCUUAAAACAGAAUACCUGAAAAUCUGUUUCUUUGUUGUUUCCUGAGGCCAGGUCCCUUUAUUACUCUAUCAUGCUGCUGUUUGAACCUAUGCUCUGCUUCUAUUUCCCUUCAGACUUAGUUUCCUGCCCCCAAAGACACAUGCUUUUCCACCUGCAUGAAAUGGCCAUUCAGCAGUAAACAAAUAAGGCCAAGCUGGCAUACGUUCCUCUUAGCUUCGGCUUUGUAAACAGCCAGGAAAGCAUGUUAUCAUGUACUUAACUUAAAGGACAUUGUGAAGUGCUGUCCUUACUCAAGACCUGGAAAUACUGUGUAAUCUGAUCUGUUUCUGCUUUCGCUUUCCUCACUUCUCUUGGUGCUGCAGAAUGACAGAGAUGCCGAUGAGGGUCCCAGUGCGCAAAGUAGAUGGCGAGGGAAGGUGCCAAAGCAGUAGCUCUGCGGAUGUGCAGACAUUCCUGGUAGGGCUCCAUACAUCUGUUCCAGCGGAGCCUGGUAAAAACACAACCGCCACCUCGUCCUUGCCACCUCAGCUUUCCCAGCUCAUUGAGGAGUCAUUAGCAAGCCAUGAGAAAAACAGGCAAAGGCUUAGCAAGGGAGGGGAACCGGAACCUGCCUUUGUUGACUCUCAUCUAAUUUUUGGAGAGUCCUCGUCAUGCAUCCCACAAAGUUCCAGAAGUUGCCCUGUAUCUUCUCUGGCUAAGAAUCUUUCUCUGCCUCAGUGUGGUGAGAUUACAAGACCAUGUAGUGAUAGUCUGGUACAACUACAUGGACACAUAACUGAAAGGAAGAAACGUGUCACUGUCUUUAUAACAAGCACUCCAUCUUCUGAAGUGGACUUUAACCCUGGAAUCUGCUCAAAUCGUACCUCAAAAUGGAGCAUUGGUGGGGACAAUUGUGCCAGUAAAACGGUCAAAUUGAACUCUCUCCUGGAUUUGCCUUCAGAACAUGAUAGUGAUCCUAGAACAGAAUCCUCACAUAAAGAGCUUCCUCAUGACCUGCUGCAGCCUGCAGAGGCUGUUUGUGAUGCUGAAGUGGAUCCUAACUUCAGCCGUAUUGCUGAGUUUGUUACAUUAGAAGCCAAAAGUCAAAGUAACGACCAAGUCACUGAAACUCCAGUUCUCAAAAAGGUCAGCACAGGUAAAAAGAAAAGAGAUGCAUUUAAAAGCUAUCCUAAAAUUAAUUCAGAUGUACAUCGUAAAGAAGAGAGCCCCCCAAAUGCUAAAAUGGUAACCAAGGCUAAAGACUUGAGCAAGAGCAAAUCAAAAUCACACAGGCCUGCAGGGCAGACACCUGGGGAUGCUUUAGAAGAGGUGGUGUUGCAGAAGGGUAGUGACUAUGCUUUGCGACAGAGUGAUAAAGCUAAAAAUUGCAUCAGAAUGCACUUGUUGAAUGUAGGGCAGUCAAAAAAGGUGGGAAAAAAGCACUUGUUGCCACAAGAAAUAAAUAGUGUGUCUUUUGCUGGGAGACUGAGGAGUAUGGAGAGCCAGUUCCAAAGUCCCCACUCUGCCUCGUUAAGACAGAAAGCUCCAUUAAAUAGGUGUGCUCCACAAAGUUCACUUCACUUGGAAAAACAGCUCUGUAGCCUACCAGCUUUGCAGCAAGAUUUGCUGGAUGUGAACAUGAAGUGUACAAAACAGAAAGCAAACAGGAAUACAAUUAGAAUUAGCAAAGCAGAUGACCGUAAUGAGGAAAAUGUGCAAAGCAGUGCCAGAAUGCCAGAGGGUGAAGCUGAAUGCCAGGCUAAAAAAGGGCAGAAGAGCAAGAGAAAAAUGAACAAAGAGAGCAACCCUCUCAGAAGUGAAGCAGAGACUUCAGGUACAUGUGGAGAUGUACAAGGUGUACGUAAAAGGAAUGAUAAGGAUUUGUCAAGCAAUACUAAACCUAGCAGGAAAACAUAUAUUGUGUCUCCCUAUAAGAUCAGAAGGAGCUUAAUUUCUGUCCAACUAGAUUUAAACGGGGAUGAAAUCGCCUGUUCUGAGCAUGUUCCAGAGAGCAACAUGAACAAGACCCAAAAGGCUCAGAAAACCUCAGGUGUUGAGAGCCAUGAAAAACUGAGCACCUGCCCUAGAAAGAAGGUGUUGAACAGAGUCCACAGCAAUACACAUGCCAGUGCCUUAAAGGAAGGGGUUGAUUCCAGAUACAGAUCAAAGAGAAAAACCUAUUUGGUUGAUCCAUCAGAGACUCACCUUGAGGGCACAGAGAAUUUUGCUUCUGAGACUAGUGGUAUAACAGAUUCUGCACUCAGGCAAGCUGGUCCGGUGAAACAGAAUUUUAUGCCUAUUACCAUUUUGAAAACUGAUCCAGAUUCCAACCUGGAGGCACUGAUCAGUGAGCCAGUUGGGACUAAUUCUAUGAAGGGAAAUCCAAGCCUUAUUGAUUUCUCCUCUGAUGCCCAUUUUGAAACUUUGCACUUCCACCACUCCAGCAAGAGGCUCCCACUGUUGGAGCCCCCGACUGGUGCAGACCACAGAAUUGCCGAAAACCCCUCUGCUCUGACACACAGCUCUGUGAACUUAAAAGAAAGUGACAGCGAGCAAACACCAGGAGGCAGUCAUGGGGGGAAGAAAGCAAAGACGAGUUCUAAAGACCCUUGCCAAAGAACAGCCUUGCCAGGAAGUGAGAGCAAAGCCCUGGAAGAUCUGACCAAUGCCAGCUUUCUGUCACCCAUCACUUCAGAAACAUCUUCAGCACGUCCAACCAGAAGGAGGCGGGACCCAGCUUGCUAUGUAGAACCAAAACUCAAUAGCAAAUUGAGGCGUGGUGACCCCUUUACAAACACAGAGUUCUUGCAUUCUCCUGUCUACAAAACCAAAAGGAAAAAAGUGACAAAAGAAAAUGAAAAAUCCAAGAGGAUCAAACAGGAAGAAAAAUGUCUUCAUGAAUGAGUCACUGCAACAUACGUACAUUGUCCAUUUUUUAAAAGAAUUAGUAAACAUUUGUAUUUUUCUAUAGCUAAAAAUCAUCCCUGAAUCAAUUUGUCUUGUACUUUUGCUGGGACAUUUCAAACUAGCUGGAGAACAUAGAGUUUGUAUAAUUUAUUUUAUUCACAUUGAAAUGCUAAAUAAAAACCAAUCACUUU